UGUCACUGCGAUAUCAGUGCUUUGUCGGCACAACGGAGCUAGCUAGCAAAACAAACCCAGCCCGGCAGAACGGAAGUGGAUUGCAUUGACGGGAGGAGUUCAGGAAGUAGAGCGGAAACGGCUCAAAAACUUGUGUAUAGACGUGCUAUCUACCCUAACUCCACCCCUUAUUGCUUGCAAAUGUUUUGAACAUUCACUAGAACGCCUCCUCUCAAAUUGUCGCUUACCUCUUUAGUGCUAACACUCACAGGCACUCCUGUUAUCACCCCUUUAAUCCACUGCUUCCCUGCUUGAUCAGUCCAGCUGCUCGACACCACCUUACACUUCCCUAUUUGCUUCACUCUGAGAGCUUUUUCCCUCUGCACCAUGUCCUUACAGAAUAAAAACAAGCUCCCAUCUCUUAACACUUUAGCAUUGACAACUUCCCCAAUCAACUAUUUUAUCACAGCCGUCAACCUUAUGGGACUCAUCGCCCCAACUCCCCCUGGCUAGCCACAGGUUUCAGCCUCUCCCUCACUUCUGUCAUGACACCAUGCCAUGGUUCCCGUGAAAUUUAAGCCGAAAAGACUGCUAAUGCAAAUUUGCAAAUCCUUUUAAAUUGAUAAUAUAUUCAGAUCGAAUUGCACUCAAUAAAUGUUAUUUCCUACUAUGGGUCAUAUUAGCGGGCUAUCCCGGGGUAAAAACACGUUUUAUAAUCCAUUACAUCAGUUUUGUAAAUCAGUUUAAAAAAAGAGCACGAUUCCCUACCUUUGACGAAGGGAAAGGACGUCAGAAGAUCUUCUUCUAGUUUUAGUUACAGCACAAUAAACAUGGUCAUUACCGCCACCAACGUAUACCGGGUGUAAUAACAGCCGUGGUUGAUGCUUUUUGCUUAAUCGGAAAUUACGAUAUAAACCUUACCAACUAGUGGGUCAGGCGGCGCCCCACUGUCUAAUUCAUAUCGCGUGAUUUCUGAUGAUAGUUCUUGAUUAUAUCGACUGAUUGGUUCUGUAUGGGGUGUUUUGAAACACUAUCAUUCCACUAUUACUGCAGAUAUAUUAUGUAAUUUUUACGACAUUAUAAGGCAAAAAUUAUACAUAAUGCUCCUUUAACACAGGUUUAGGAUAUUUUAUAUGUUGUGUUCUAUGAGAUAAUAGCAUUCAGUUAACAUGACCGUUAUGAGAUUUAUGUUUUUAUUAUUACAAAAAUACUUCCAACAUUCACUAAAAGUGACGUUAGCUUAUGAAGAUUAUCUAAUAGAACAAAACGUAUAAGAUCUCCUAAACCUGUGUUUACCACAGACCUUAUUUUCGGCGUUUAUCCAAAACCCUACAAAUACGCCAUUCAUUUUCCUCAUAGGUUUUGUCCAACGAACAUGGCGUAGUUAGUGCCUUCACAUUUUUUUUUUUACUAUUUCUCUCUAUAGCAACGAUAGAGAUCUCUUUAUGAUGGUCUGAAAAAUACUGUAGUGCAAUUUCUGUCGGCCGAAAUCCCGAGUAGGAGGGGGCAGAAAGGAAAUGCUCCAUUGAGGGAGACGGAAAUGAAAGAGGGUGUCCAACGAAGAUAAAUUAUAUCCCUUUAAGAGCAACUGGGACAUAGCGGUGCAAGAAAAGGAGAGGAGGGGGAGAAGAAAGAGGAAUUAAAAAAGAAAAGGAAGAACGAUACAGGGAGGGAGGAGGGAGAGCGAGCAAUAAAAAAAGAAAGAUGACAUCCUCGCAAUUGAACAGCCGAGGUGGAGCGAUAGGCUGCGUCCCGGCGCGAUCGCUCUUUGCCAGGGUCAGGGCUUGAAUACAACAACGAGGCUUCGACAAACACCCGAUAGGCCUAUUGGGGGAAAUCGGAAGAAUAGAUUCAUAAAUUAAAAGCAUUAACUGCUACUCUUUCAAAUGCGUUUAUUGUAACACUGAUAGUAGUUGUCAUUGUGUGUAAAAUGCAUUCAUUUAAUUUUAAGAUCUAGCUAUUAUUAUGUAUGACUACGGCUAUGUAAAUAACAUUGAUUUUGUGCGAAAGAUAUUUGGUUUCAAAGUCAUCAAUGCCAAGAGAUUUGCGUUCCUUAUGCUUUGAUAAAAUUAAAGUUAGAAACCAAAGUCAAAGAUAAAUAGGCCACUAUUGGAGCUGGCAAUUCCACUCAUGCAGUCAGCCUAGUCGAAACGUCUGCUUGAAUUUGAAUAGCUUGAAUACUUCUGUUAUAGAAAUAUUUUUACAAAGUACAUUUUUGAUAGUUGCAUGUCCCUUUCAGAUGAUCAAUAGCCUACUCUUCUUGCUGUAUUUCAAUACUGUCAACAUAGAUCUUCUCGCCUCAACCAUCAACAGGGCUAUUAAAUAAUAUGCCAACGGUUCACUGUCGAAUCGCCAUCAGGUUACUUAGCUGACUUUAUACUCUUCAUCGCUUUGGUGCAAAAUGGAUGCUGCUUGGAGCAAUUUUCUCUUCCAGACUACUCCCACCCAAAACCAAGUGGAGGGGACCCUCCAAUCAGAACUCUUACCAGUCCAUAUAGCCUCUCCUCAGACCCCUCCCACAGAGCACAUAGCCCAGCCUCCUUCCACGGUGGACACUGCUGCCCUCAAUGAAGAACCCUUACCCGUGAAGACGGUGUCCCGGCCUGCCCGUGUGCCCCACAUCUGUGCAAUAUGCAGCAAGCAGUUCAAGAACAACUACAACCUGCGGCGGCACCAGUCGGUCCACACCGGGGUACGCAUGAAGCGAGCAGGAGCAGGGGAGCAGGAGGAGGGGGCAAAGGAGGGUGGCAAUGGCGCCGGCCCAGCGCAGCUGGUGUCGGGAGGGAGGGCGGAGAGGCACACGAUCCCCCUCUCCCUGCUCCACCUCUCCGUUCCUCCCCCUCUCCCCCCUCCUAGCGUGCUGGCGUCCCAGCAGCCAGCUCUGGGUAGUCAGGAUGGCGGAGAGGUUGCCAUGGCGAGCGUAGUGGCUAGCGUUAACCCCCAUGCUCCUCCUGCUGCUGUUGACAUGGCGGCGGGGGCAACAGUACAGCGGCCAUCAAACCCGAACCCUGUGCGGAAGAACCACGCCUGUGAAACAUGCGGGAAGGCCUUCCGAGACGUGUACCACCUAAACCGACACCGUCUCUCCCACUCGGAUGAGAAACCCUUCUCCUGCCCCAUCUGCCAGCAGCGGUUCAAAAGGAAGGACCGCAUGAGCCACCACGUGCGCUCUCACCAAGGCGGUGUGGAGAAACCCUACGUGUGCCCCCACUGUGCCAAGGCUUUCUCCAGGCCCGACCAUCUCAACAGUCACGUCAGACAAGUCCACUCUUCUGAACGACCCUUCAAGUGUCCGGUAGUUGAUACGUGCGAAUCCAGCUUCGCCACGAGGGACCGGCUACGUGCCCAUAUGAUCCGCCACGAGGAGAAGGUCCCGUGCCACAUUUGCGGCAAGCUCCUGUCGGCCGCCUACAUCACCGAUCACAUGAGGGUGCACAACCAAUCGCAGCACCACGCCUGCCAUCUCUGUAACCGCAGCUUCACCACUCUGACCUACCUGCGUGUCCAUGCCCAGAAGCACCAUGGCCAGGAGUGGAAGGAGAGCGCUGGCGUCUUCGGCGGCACAGGCUCCGGCGGUGUCCUAGUGUGCCAGCUGUGCGGGGUGCACUGCAAGACCCCCACCCAGCUGCAGGGCCACAUGGGCACCCACAGCACAGGGGGCCAAGAGGGAUCCCCCGGCCCUGUCACCUCUAGCGGGGCGUCCAGCUCCUCCGUGUCCCUCGGCAACAUGGUGUCCGCCCCGAAUGUCUACAUCAGUGGCAACACUGUGGUGAACCUGCUAGUGUCGGAUUGCUCCAGCAUCCAGCCUCAGUCCCACAGUUAGCAGAGCGGAGCCUCAGUUGAACCUCACCCCCCUGAGUCCCUAUAGUGAGAGGUUAGGAGGACAAAGGGGGCUUGCUUAGGGGAAAGCCACAGUAAAAAAAAUUGGCUUCUCUACGUCCCAUAGCUAGAGGAAAAGGGGGAAUGGGACAGAGCGGGCUGGCUUAGGGGAGAGAAGGAGGCAGAGAGAAGGUAUGCGAGAACAGUUAGGAGAAUGUGGCGAGAGGAGGGGGACAUUAUAUGUCCUGUACGCUGAUUCGAUGACGCUAGAUAAUGACAAAUACGGAAGUGAGUGUCCCCAACGUGGCUGAACUCUCUUGCACUAUCAGGACUCCUAUGACACUGUGGUCUUGAGUGCAUCUACUCUAUCCCUCUCCCUCCCCCCCUUCCCCCCUUGGUCUCCCUCAGUCCCAGCAACUACUCCCCUCUGCUAGUAAUGUACCAUGUUUUGUAACUGUAUGUCAGAAACACUUUCAUUUUGCCUCCAUUUUGUCGCUUUCUUCUCCGAGCCUUCAUAAGAAAGGCUUGUAGUAAGAAGUUGGGGGAUGGUAUAAAAGAGUAACAGGGAAAUGAUAUUACAAAAGGGUGUGUAGAAGAGGAUAUUCUGAAGGAGAAUGAGAGGUUCAGGGGGAGAAUAGCACAAAACAAGUCAGGGGCUGCUACCUUCCGGAAAUGGAGAGGAGUAGACACUACGUUUUAAUUGUGUAAUCAUAGAGCAUAUGGAUGUAGUCUGUUUUAAAUAGGGCCAACGCUGGAUCACUAUAUUGGUGAUUAUGAACAGUGGAGGGGUGUACUGUAUCGAUUUGUUUCAGGUACAGUAGAGAGAGAAAAAAACAUUUGCAAAGUUGAGUUAAGGAGUAUCAAGCACCUUACAAAUGUUGACGUUUACUUUCGCCGAAGGUUCAGACAGGUUUCUUAAAGAUGUAUUUGCUCUGCGUCUUCCUCUCUGGGCACGACCACAUUUAAUACACAAUGGAGUUCUCAUUACUGCUACUGUACAGCCAGGCUCAUGACACAGUUAACUGGCACCUAAAACACAAUUAGCAUGAAAGUGAAACUAAGACAACUUUUAGCUUUUAGGAAAGGUAUAGUUAUCAUGCUACAAGAAAGUUAGCAGCACUUACACUACAGAUGGUUGAAAACAAAUAUUUUGAGAAUGUGGUGAUUGAUUCAGUCAAAUUAAUUUUAACCAUGUCCGCCAUUUUAUUUCUUUGUAACUGUCAUUGCCAUAGCCUCCUUUGUUUCGUUCCUUGUACGAGUCCACCAUAUUAAAACUAAUUCAUUAGAAUUCUAGCCAUGUAACACCACCAUGUAUAGCACACAGCGUUCUGAGCACAACUCCUAUUAUGACUUACCGCUCCCCAUGAAUCUGAGGAGAAAGAUCACCUUUCCUCAGACAAUUUUGAUUGUUAGACUUUUUCAGUGGAUAAGGUGUGAUGUCAUGGAAGGGCUUUAUAGGUCAAAGGUCAGAUUGAGAUAAGUAUAUCCAGGUACUACUAGCGUUCGAUGGCCCACCGCUAGUAUGCUUUCAACAAAUCCUGUUUUUUGAAUGGAGUGCUUCAUUUCAUCCGUUUAGUGUUGGUAUGUUAGCUUGAAAAAAAAUUGUAGAAUGAUUUAAUUUUGAGACUUGUUCUUCCUGUUGAGAAAAGUAGUGAUUUAAUCAAAGUUAUUUUAGGUUUCCCGCAUGAAGCAAAACAAAUUAUAUUUUUAAACUAUAUUCUAGUAACCUGUACAGCUCUUGCGAUACAUCUUAAUGCCUUAUUGUACUCAACUGCAUUUUAAUCAUUUUAUUCUGAACUAUUUUAAAUCUUAGUAAUGGAUUUAUUAAGGACAUUAAUGGGAUGUAUUUAUAUUUAUAUUUUUAUAUUUCAACAGUGUGCAUGUCUAUGAACAGUUGUUAGAGCCAAACAAUUUUUGACGCUUACCACGAUCAUGAAUAUUAAGUUAUUAUUUUGUAGAUUAAGUAGAGAUCAUGUAAUUUUGUCAUUUUUACUAUUAAAAGUAAAACGAUUAAACAGA